AUAACGCGCACUAAGUGAGGAACGAGUGCAUAUAUACGGUACCCGGUGUAGGCGGCAAACUCUCCACAAUGCCUCAUCUCCCUCCCGUUUUGUUCUCUUUCAUUAAUUCGUGCUUCUCCUGCGCAUACCACUCUCACGGACGCAUCUUGACAUGGCCACCGAAAGCACAGCAACCCAGCUGUCAAUUGAAGUUGAAGGCGAAAUUGAAGCAAAUCCCAAUGACACUGGGAGUGACACUACCUCAUUGUCUUCUGGUGUCGCGAAGUUUCGAUACGAGAAUCGAAGGCGAUAUCAUGGCUACAAGGAUGGAUUGUACAGUACAUGAUUGUCUAUCAACUUCCAUCCUCUCCACAAGAAAAUUAUCGCAGCCGAACAACGACAUAUAGCUGAGUGUUCGGGAUCUUGGUUACCAUAUCUUGCUUAUCCUGCCCGA